CGCGUGGUCAUCAUGCAGCGCGCGCUCCUGGUUAAAACUGCAGUGAAGUAAGUAUCGCGUCGUCGCCGGAGAAAACAGGCACGCGCCGAGGCUCUUCCUGCUAACUCGAACUUCUCGCGCAUCCCGACGAGGAAAAAAUCCGAGGAGGUUGUGCAACGAUUAUGUCUUUAAAUCUUGCCGAACCGCACUGAAACGUCAAACGGACCCGAUAAACCAAACCCCUUUCUUUCUUUUUAGUACACACACACACACACGCGCGCGCGCAGAAAAAAAAGAUGUGAGCGCGCGCGCUCGAGACGGAAAAGCUACAUUUUUUAGCAUUGUGACAGAUGAGUAAGGCUAGCGACCGCCUUCUUGUGCUUCACACAUCUGCCAGUGCCACGAAGACCGUGUACCGUUAACAUUUCAACAACGACAACAUUCUCGUUUUUUUAAAUAUAUAUAUAUGUAUAUAUAAGUUUAUUUUUUUUAAAGAACAAAACGUUACUUUCUCUGAAAGGCGAAGAAGAGGAGCAGCUCACCGAGCAAAAAUCUUCACAACUUCCCAUUCUUCUCGUCUGUAUUUUCAGGAUUUUUUUUAAUUUCCAUCUCUUCUCUUCACACUAAGUUUACACUCACAGACUGGGAACAUGUUGAUGAAAGAGUACCGAAUAUGUAUGCCACUGACUGUUGAAGAGUACAGGAUUGGGCAGCUGUAUAUGAUCAGUAAGCACAGCCAUGAGCAGAGUGAGCGAGGAGAGGGAGUGGAGGUGGUGCAGAACGAGCCCUUCGAUGACCCCACACAUGGCCAUGGCCAGUUCACCGAGAAACGUGUCUACCUCAACAGCAAAUUGCCCAGCUGGGCGAGAGCAGUGGUGCCCAGAAUCUUCUAUGUGACGGAAAAAGCCUGGAACUAUUAUCCUUACACCAUCACAGAAUACACAUGUUCGUUUUUGCCAAAGUUCUCCAUCCACAUAGAAACCAAGUAUGAAGACAACAAAGGGUGCAACGACCAUAUCUUUGAAAAUGAGCUGAAGGACCAGGAGCGGGAAGUUUGUUUCGUAGAUAUCGCUUACGAUGAGAUUCCAGAGCGCUACUACAAGGAGUCAGAGGAUCUGCGCCUUUUUAAGUCGGAGAAGACGUCACGCGGCAUGCUGCAGGAAGGCUGGCGGGACACGCAGGAUCCCAUCAUGUGCUCCUACAAGCUCGUCAGCGUAAAGUUCGAGGUCUGGGGCCUGCAGACCCGCGUCGAGCAGUUCGUACACAAGGUGGUGAGGGAUGUGCUGCUGCUGGGCCACAGACAGGCCUUUGCUUGGGUGGAUGAGUGGAUCGACAUGACAAUGGAUGAGGUGAGAGAGUUCGAGCGUAGGAUCCAGGAGGCCACUAACCAGAAGAUCGGCAUGUUCCCUCCGUCCAUUUCCAUUGGUGAGACACCGCUCUCGUCUCUGGCCCCCACCGGCCCGGCCAGUGCUCCAUCCACCCCGCUUUACACCGACGCCCCCGAGUUCCUCUCCGUCCCUAAAGAGCGACCUCGCAAGAAAUCCGCCCCUGAAAUGCUCACUCUGCCAGAACCCGGCCAGUCGGUGCCUGUUCCAGCCCCUAACCACGCCUCUCUCAGCCCUGAGUCCAACGAGACGGAGUGAUUGGGUCUGUGCCACGCCCUCAUUGUGACUUCUUCCUUCAAUCAGGAUUUUGUAAACACAGUUCAGUCACUCGGCUCCUUCCACUUUGCUCCGUGUUACGAAUCUCUAAAAGACUCCAGUUUCUGACCAUGUAAACGGGCUUCCUCCCUGCAAGGUAGCCUCUGACUCGACAGUUUAUAUUUUCUCAUAUUUGAAAAAUAAUGUUAAAUAUCUGCAUUAUUGUGAUAUGUUUUUUUUUUCUUCUGUCAUAAGUUUAAAGAAAAACAGACCAUAAAAGCUAUUAUUAAGGCUUGUUGUAAAGUACUUGUUGUUAUUUUUAUUUCUCCCAUCAUCUUUACAUGAAAUCGUCUAACACGAUACCUGUUGUGGCUUAAAAUACGGUUGCCUUAGCAACUACGAAGCAGGUAUUCCCUGAUUAGGAUCAUGGAUUAACACGAGGUGUCAUUUUAAAGUAAAAGUUUGUAAUAUUCAGAAUUAUUUUCUACCUAUAAUGAGAUUUGACAUGCCCUUUCCUUUUCUUCGCUACCGACUCCAUUCCUCUGUGUCGAGAAUGCCUUAUAGUUUACCUUUUAGGAGAAAAAAGGAACAGCGCUAUAGUAUACAGUAGUAAGAUCUAUUAUUGUAGAUUAUAAUGAAAUAUUUUUCUCUCAAUUAUACAAUGAUGGUAGGGGUAGAAAUCUUUCAUUUUUAAAUUACAAACUGCAUCUUUAAUCAAUGACAUCUCACAACAUUGAGGAAGAUAAAAUACUCAAAGAUGGACAAUGGGGGUCCAAAAGUCUGAGACCAUUCAUGAGAAAGCUUGUAUUUUGCAUUCUUUUACAAUUUAAGGCUUUUUUUAUUUAGUUGAAAAGUAGAAUCUUUACAUGCAUUUCAGAAUUUCUAAAUAAUUGAUAUUGUGCUUGUAAUGACGUUGUUCACUCAUGAUUAUUGAACGCUUUCAUCCAGGUCAUUUAGUGUGACCUCAGACUUUUGGACUUUUCCCCAAAAAAAUUAGUAGCUCAAUCCUUUUCUUUUCUUUUCUUUUCUUUUCUUUUUCUUUUUUGUAACUCACUUCCAUUUUAUCUGUAUCCACACGCAUGCAAAUCCGCCUAAUCAGAACGCUUCUCAGGUCUUCAUAGGUGCCAGCCUUUCCAAAGCCACGGCAGGAAAAAAAAUUCUCAGAUAUUCCAAUAACACAGCCAUCCAGGAUUCCAGGGUUUGUUCUUACAAGCCGGAUUUGUCUUAACGGAUGUCUUAGAUUUACUUUAUACGACUUCUUCGCAGCCAGUGCUACAAAAUAUACUCAAGCUUUUUUUUGGAAGCAGCUUAUAUGACAAUCUGACCAUUACCCACAGCAGGGGUACGGGACGCUCAUACAGAUCCAUGGGGUAGGAAAUCUAGCGGGUCAUAAUGUUUUAAUCAAUCCUACAGUUAAUGUAGAUUUUCUGGAUUUUGCUGAACAUAAAUCAAACGUAGGGACUGAGUAUAUUAUCGAAGCGAGCAUGUCUAUCUGCAUGUAUGAAUGGAGUCUAACCUUUCACAAUGCCCUUUAGAUGCCUGAUGAUUUUACCUCCAGCUUUUAGAAUAAUACCAGAUACCAGUGAACAGGGAAAUACCUUCGUUAUUUUUCAUUUGUAUCCGUUUCUGUGGUGCACGUUCUUGGUUAGAGGGAAUGAAGGUCAGGAGAAACAAAAAUGUGACCGUUGAUCCUGGCUGCACACCUAACGCUUUCCGAACCUAGCUGCUGCUUCCCCUUCCAUCGUAGACGGGGUUUAUUAAAAGCUGCAUGGACUGUUCACAGGCUCUGUAAAGUCCUGUGUAUAUGCAUACAAGAGGCAGGGACUGCUGGCGACUUCAGUCGGAUUUAUAUAUAGACGAAAGUGCACUGAGCAUGCUCCGAACCAUACAGCAGCUCCAACAGUGCCUCUGCAUGUACAUGUAAAUACAUCGAUCAGUAGAUCUCUAUACAGAUGUCUUUAAUCAUUCUUGAAACUUUUAUGUAGUUUUCUCUCUCUCUCUCUCUCUUUUUUUUUUAAACGACUAAGAGGAAGUGUGAAGCACCUUGAAUUAUAUUUUAUUUUAACUUGCACCCAGAGCCAUUUUUGUCUAAAGAAGAAAAAUACUUGACCAUGCUGCUACGUGAGUCUUUAAUACCAUCCUAAACUCUAUGAUCCAGGAAAGCGUUUUUAGUUUUGAAACACAGUUUAAGUGUUUGUUUUUUCAGUAGGCUAAAGAGGUAAAAAAAAAAAAAAAAUACUUCCCAAUGUUUUAUUUCUGCAUUGGGCAUGCGUCGAUAUCAAAUUUUAAUUCCUUUUAUGAAGCUUAAGUUACCAGGGUUUGUUAUAAUACACAGUAUUGUAUUAAAAUGACCACAAGUAAGUUCUCAUACAGCAGAGUUGCCUCAAAAGCCUAAAACUAGACCUGAAACUAUUUUGGACAAUGGAAAUGGAGAGACCCUUUUUUGUUCUUUUAUAGUCAGACUUUGCCUGGGAAACCCUGUAGUGCACACAUUUCUAAUUUUGUGAUAUAUUUUACAUUUAAAUAAACACUGUAUGCGUGGUAAACAGUUUCCUUUGGUUUGCCGUUUGCUAAAAUCCAGUCGAUUUCAUUCCGCUUUAAAACAAGAGCUUUUAAACUGGUCUUAUAAAAUCGACCACCACUCCAUCAAAACCAGCCCUGUUUGGUGGAAUAAAUGUGGCUCUGGCAACCCUGCUGUAUGGACGAAGACACACCAGUGGUCCUUAAGGUCAAAUGAUUAGAGUAGAAUUGUGUUUGUGUUGACUUUAAAAGUUGUUAAAGGUACAGUCAGUGGUUUUGAAGCGAACCGUUUCGGAAAAAUGAAAUCGAAUUAGUGUGAACAUGAAUCGAACGGGUGGUCAGUUCAUGUAGGAACAAAGAUCAUUUCCGUGUUGUCCCUAAAAACACAGUGAUGGUAAACUGGAGCAAGCAACUCACCAGUCUAAUGUGCCACAGAUACCAGUUUCACCUCUAAACAGAUAUUUUACUCCCAGUUAUUAAUGAAUAUGAACUAGACCUUUUCACCCUAUGAUCUAAAAAAAAAAAAAAAAAUCACUGACCGCACCUUUAAGCAUUGAUUUCGAUUGGUGACAAAAAAUUUCUUGUCAUCCUUCCAGACCCCUUUUAGGGAUCGGAGGUAAGAAAUUAGAAAUAACUUGUGUAGCUUACAUAUUGUCCAAACUAGGGAGCUGUAGAGGUCAGCAGUCCUUCUCCCGCCUUCUGAACUCUCAUAAGCACUGUACAGUAAUGCUGCCUUGCCACAUGGUGAUAUUUUUAACACGUUGAUGAUGACAAUAUUGUGCUGGUUUUAUUUUCAUAUCACGGUUUAAUUACAUAGUGUAGUUGAUAUAGCUGGAGGAUGAAUGGACUAACAGCAAUUUAUGUAAGAGCAAGGAGAGGUUUAUAUGAUUUGAGUUGUACAGCUAUGUUUUUUUUUUUUUUUACUUGAGCAGAUCCUUAGCUGCAAAAUAUUAAUAAAUCCCUUCUAGAACAGAUGCCAGUGAGUGAACACUGAGUCUGACAUGGAGGGGUGUCUAGACUCUUAAAAUUGCUGAAAUUGUUGCCACAGCAAUAACUGUGUGUUUCCUAGAACAAUCCAUGGUAUUAGUCCACCUACAGUAUGGUGUUAUCGUAGGAAUGAUCACGAUCAUUAUCAGGCAUGGAGAUAUAUAAUGUCUAUACGGCUCUAAAGGAACCCAAUGAUCCUGUUGAGAUCAUGACAACAUGGCUGUUUCUCCAACCCUAGGAUCCUAAUCGGCGCUUUAAAUAAUCCCUUUUCGAUGUCAAAUAUUUAGUUUAUUAACCCAGUUAAACCUCAGCACUAUGUACUUUUGCACCACGAUGCCAGGAAAAUGAUUUCUAUCCAAAUCCGCCGCUGUGCUUCUGCCUGAGCUGGGUUUGUACAUAUUAUUUUGUACAGUUUUUGGUUUUUUUUGUAAAGAUUUGCCAUGUGGGCGUGAAGUGAAAACCCGUUUCAAAUAGAUAUUUUGUUUGCUUGUUAAUGGAAAGUUGUUAUUUUGAACUUUUCUUGCUUGAGUUGUUUGAACUGCGAACACGCGACUGCCUGGACGGUCAACAAAAAUGAGCCAGAUGGAAUCUGUAUUCGCUAGCCUUGCUUUCUGUUGCGAAAUUUCUCGUUUAGAGGGGUAGCAUGAUGUAGAAAAAAACAAUUAUUCAAGAUUUAAUGGUUGUUUUUUGUUUGUUUUGUUUUGGAAUUUUCUAUAUAUAUAUAUUUUUUUUUUUUUGUACAUUUUGAUAAGUAGUGAUUUUGUCAUGUUCGUGUUUCUGCGGUUUGCUCUUCCCUUCCUCUGUGGCCUGUUCUCUAUCAGUAGCAGUGAGGUGAUUUAGUCGUCAAAAUCUAAUCAGCCCUGCUCACCGUCUGAGGCAUUAGUUCUUACUGAACGUUUACAUCUAAUCGGAAUGAAACACUCAAUGAGGAUUGAACUAUUACUAUUCAAUUUAUCCAAAUAUUCACUUUACCUCAUAAUUACAAUGAGGUGCAUGUUGAUAUCCGUAUACACCGAUCAGGCAUAACAUUAUGACCACCUGCCUAAUAUUGUGUUGGUCCCAAUUUUGCUGCCAAAAACAGCCCGGAUCCGUCAAGGCACCAAGAUGUUAGCAGCAGGACUUACCCGGUUCACCACUGUUCCUUCCUAAUAGAUACUGACCACUGCAGACCGGGAACACCCCACAAGAGCUGCAGUUUUGGAGACGCUCUGAUCCAGUGGUCUAGCCAUCACGAUCUGGCCCUUGUCACACUCGCUCAAAUCCUUACACUUGCCCAUUUUUCCUGCUUCUAACAUCAACUUUGAGGACAAAAUGUUCACUUGCUGCCUGAUAUAUCCCACCCACUAACAGGUGCCAUGAUGAGGUGUGAAUAACAUCAGUGUUAUUCACUUCACCUCUCAGUGGUCAUAAUGUUAUGCCUGAUCGGUGUAUAUAUUCUUAGAAAUAAUGUUUAUAGUCCCCGAUUUUUUUUUUUUUGGUUUGGUUUAAGAUGUUCUCGAGAGAUUUCUCUAAUAUUUACAAAUACAUUGCAUACCUGCCUCACUGACAAACAGUUAAAAAAUAAAUAAGUCACAUGAUUGUUAUUCGAAUUCCACUCGAACUGAGGAGAGACAGCGAUGUAGCUUCUAUCGGCAGGCAUUUAAAUUUUGUUUAAGAAACUAGCAAAAGGAACCCCCUGUGUAGCGCACAUCCAUUAAUAAUAGUAAUAUUAUAGAAGAUCUCAUUUCAGAGACAACGAGCAGGACGCUGGCUGAAACUCCACAAUCGUUCCUGUAAAUCCAUCCGAGUUUGAAUAAACGCGGCCUUCCUCACGUAGACAGAUUCACAUUCAUUCACCUCUGCAGCCUCUGUCGAAAACAAAAAGCAGGGAAGUGAGGAUAUAUAUAUAUUUUUUUUUGAAGAUGUCCAUGACUAUACUGUUAGCUGAAUAUAUUUGGAAGCAAUUAUACGUCCAAUUCAUGACAAAAAAAAAAAGUUUUUUGUUUUUUGAACUUUCUUCUCAGCAGAUUAAGCAUUAAAUCUGAAGCCAUAACAUUAGAAAUCCUAAUGUGACUUUCGGUUCUGGAUUCUGUCCAGUUUGAGCAUUUAUUGUUUUAUCUUAGAAAAAGAAGAAUUCUCUUCAGUUUCAUUCCUCAAGUGUCGCUUUGCCGUCCAGGCCUAAAGGAGAGGACCAAGCGUAUUCAUUUCAUUUUUAGCCAUGAAGUUCUGCUGAUGUCAUGAUGCCCACCAAGGCAGCCUCCUUCCUAAUAGAGUCCUCAUCCACGACCAAGUGCCGUCCUUUAUAGCCUCUUUAGGUUCUUGUAUAUUUUGUUCGGAUUUGUUGUAAUUAUUGUUUUCCUAAUUCUUGUAGCAAAUAAAAACUGACUUGCUAUGA